AUGAACGAGGCCUAUCAACCCCCUUGGUUUGAAGAAAUUAAGGGUAUUCUUAGAAUUUUAAGUGGGCAUCAUGUAUAUGAGUCACUUGCUCAAGUCAAUCAAGAAAUUGUAGAACAUAUAUUCAGAACCUUCUACUGGAAUCAAGUUCGUGAACCUAAAAGUAAAGGGAGUAUCAAUGAUAGAGUUGUUUACAUCAGAGCAGUCAUUACAAGCAGUGGGUUGGCCAGGUUAGAAUCUGCAUUUUACUUUAUGGAGGAGAGACUAGAGCGCGUAAGGUUAUAUGGGAAAACUUAUGAUGAGGUUCCUGGAGCAGAAGCACUUGUUGUCAGAGUGGUCUCUUCUGUGGACAAGAAGUUGGAAGUCAAGCAACAAUUUCUUGAGAUCUUUUAA